GGAGCCUCGAACCCGGAAGCGACUGUAGUGACCUGCAGAUCAAAACAACAACGUUUUCGCUUUUAUUUUCUCUUUUUUUAGUCCAUCAUGGCUUCUGAUCCUGAAGCACAACCAGAUAAUGGGUUGUGGAUUAAAACUCGAGAGGCCAUGGUACAUUUCCGGAAGCUACUUUUGUGCUCUAAAUGUGCGAACAUCCUGACAGAGCCGGUGUGUCUGGGAGUGUGUGAGCAUCUGCUGUGUAGGUCAUGUGCAGGUUCUCGUGUGGGAGACGGCUGCAGUGUGUGUCUCAGUCCUGCCUGGGUGAAAGAUGUCCGCAUAAAUAGACAGAUCAGUAACAUCACACAGCUCUUCCUGCAGCUAGAGGCUGUUCUCUGUCCCUCUGAGUGCUCAGAGCUUCCUGCUGAUUCUCCAGCACCCUCGACGGAACCCUCGGUCCUUACCAAGAAGAAGAACUUCAAGAUCUGGUUCAGCCCGAAGAGCCGUAAAGUGCGCUGUCGAGCGGAGAACACGGCCGACUCUAACCCGUCCGUACCGCAACGUUCCGACUCCAGCGUCCUGUCCGUUUUUAACUUCACCUCCUCCUCGCAGGAUUCAGGCUCCUCCACACCUCCCAGGGCGAGAGCAGGCACUGAACGGAAGAAAAAGAAGAAGAAAGAACUAAAGAAACUAAAGAACGUUGUUAAGAAGCGAGUCCGAGGCACCAGGAUUCAAAAUAAGGAGAAGAAGAAGAGGCUAAAGGCCGUGAACCAGCAGUGGGGGUUUGGGAAAGAUGAUGCGAUGGAGGACGAGGAGGACAAGAUUGAGGAGAGGAGCGGAAAGAGGGUGUCCUUCCAGUGUCCAAGCAGUGGCACUAAACAGGAGGUGGAAGAGGUUCAGGAGGUUUCACAGGGUGAGGAACCAGUCAUCAGCCCAAAGAGACAGAUGAGGAGCAUCCUGAAGGAUGGGAGGGAGAAGCAACCCGAUCAAGCUCUCUCCGAGAUCCAACAGCAUCCUUGUUCUACUCCAAAAAGAUCCAGAGCGCAAGGCGGAAGCCCACAGAGCACACCGAAGCGUCCCAGACUGUCUCCAGGCCAGAGGGCGAGGAGGGGAAGAUCCGGGCCGUCUCCAGUCACCUCUCUUUAUUCCGGCAUUAAUGAAAGAUCCGUAGAGGAUAGGAAAGAGAAGGAAGGCCGAGGGAAUUCUCCUGCUAGUGGGAGGAGCCAGGCUAGCCCCGCCUACAUGAAGAGGAACCAUAAAGGAGAGACACCUCUGCACCUCGCCGCCAUUAAGGGUGACGUAGAGACCACCAGAGAGCUGCUGGAGCAGGGAGCAGACCCCAACCUGAAGGACCACGCAGGCUGGACACCACUGCAUGAGGCGUGUAACCUGGGUCAUGUGGGUGUGGUGGAGCUGCUGCUCCAGCAGGGGGCGCUGAUAAACACACCCGGCUACGAGAACGACUCUCCUCUACACGAUGCCGUGAGGAACGGACACGCUGCCGUAGCCAAACUGCUGCUUCAUCACGGUGCCUCAAUCACUGUACUGAAUAUAUUUGGCCUUCGACCUGUUGAUUAUGCCGCGACUGCAGAAAUGCGAGAGGUCUUAAGUUUGGUCCCUGAGGCACUCCAUGCAGUAACGACGCCAGUGAGCUCUCCAGCAAACCUUUUAAAGUCUCCAGCUCUGAUGAAGAAAGAUGUUCACGUCACACUGAUCGGUAGUAAACUGACAGCAGCUCAGCAGAACCAGCUCACCAAAGCAGCUCGAAUCCUGGGAGGAAAACGAGCCGAGACUUUCUCCAGUGCAGUCACACAUGUGAUAGUGGCUGAUGGUCCCAUGCCCUCCACCCUCACCGUCCUGCAGGGAAUCCUCAGUGGCUGCUGGGUUUUAUCCUUCACAUGGCUGGCCGAGUGUCUGCAGCAGGGCCGGUGGAUGGAGGAGAGCGGGUUUGAGGCGGGCGACGGGCCACAGAGGUCUCGACUGAACAGAGUCAGUCUGCUGCCUCCGCUCUUCGACGGCUGCUUCUUCUACCUGCUCGGCUCGUUCCACAAGCCCCCGAGAGACGAGCUGGUGCAGCUGGUGAGGGUCGGAGGAGGCCAGAUGCUCAGCCGGCAGCCCAAAGCCGACAGCGACGUGACUCAGACGGUGAUGGCGGCGGCGUACCACGCUCGGCCCGACUCGGAUCAGGCGUUCUGCACUCACUACGUCCUGUACGAUCCACAGAGCUCGAGCAGACCCGGGCCAGUCCGUCUGGGCAAAGUGUGGUCAGCUCCUUCAUCGUGGCUACUGGACUGCAUCAGGGCCUUCAGCAUGCUUCCUGUGCCCGAGCUCUGACUGGUUUUUUACGCCCCGUGUACGUUGAGCUCGACACGUCUCAUUUAUCUCUCUUUCACUACGUAUAUUUGUGUGGAAAUAAUUUCUUCCAUGAAACGAACUCAAACGAUUUACUUCAAUGAGCCUUAAUUAAUUAACUCGUCCUAAUUAAGCCACGCCCACAAAACUCCAUAAAAGGGAAGCUCACAGACGCUACGCUAACACGCUUUAAUAUUUGACCAGAGACGGAAAUACGGCGUCCCAAUGGAACAGCGAGGCUUGUUCGUCUUGAUUUAUGGAUUUGUUUGGGAUCACAUUAUUUUGGGUGGUUAAUAUUAAAUGUCUGAGUUCUUUAAAUUAGUGUCGAAUGAUUUACACGCUCGUAAUCUGCACAGAAAUGCUGAUCAUGUAUUCAGGGUUGAUGACUUUUCUUACAUAUAAAAUUACUUUUUUUUUUUUCUUGAAUGAACAAAUUGGGUUUCCAUGAAAACUACAUUUUUCUAAAAGCUCCUGUGAAUGAAUGACUAAAUCUCUAUCUUUAUAUUAAUUCUUUAAUUAUUAUUAUUUUUUUUAUAUAGCCACGCAGUCUUUGGCAUGUAAGGAAACAUUUAUAAAGACGUGUUGUAUAAAAAGCAGUAACUCAAAUAAAAUAAUAAAUAAGUCUAGAUUUC